AUGGCCUCCGGGGCGAUGGCCCAGGCUCAGGGCUGCUCUGUGAACCAGACUCUCUUUCAAAUCGAGGAGAACACGGUGCUCAGUGGGCCCCUGGUGGACAUCCAGGUCCCCCAGGGCCAGCAGGUGACCCUCGGGCGCUUGUCCACCCCCCACGCAUUUCGGAUCCAGGGGAACCAGCUGUUUCUCAACGUGACGCCCGACUAUGAGGACAGAACGAUGCUGCUGGCAGACCUGGAGUGCAGGAGAGGCGACACCGUGGUGAGCCAGCUGAAGGUGUUUGUGACCGUGCUGGACGUCAACGACAACCCUCCCGUGUUCCCCUUCGAGGUCAAAACGAAGAAGGUGCCCGAGGACACGAAAGUGAACACCAUCGUCAUCCCCCAAGAGGAGCUGGCGGCCACGGACCUUGACAAAAGUGACAUCUUGCCCCACCGACCGCCCCAGCCCGGCUCCAGGCUGACUGUGGGGCUCGGGCCGCAGGACACCCCGGAGGAGGGCGCCGUGCCCAGCCACAGUGCCACGGCCUCCUUGGUCCUGGAGGUGCAGCCCGUGGACCGGCGGCCGCCCCGGUUCCUGCCCUGCCUCUACUCAGACCUUCUCAUCUGCGUCCAAGCCCAGUACCACGGGGCCAUCCCCACAGGCCACAGACUGCCAGCCCCUCUCACCCUGCGACCUGGGCCCAUCUAUGCCGUGGACGGGGAUCGGGGCAUCAACCAGCGGAUCAUCUACAGCAUCCUGAGGGGAAACGAGGAUGGCACUUUUGUCCUCAACGCCGACUCGGGCAACCUCACCAUGGCCAGGAGCGUCCCCAGGCCCAGGACCUUCCUCUUGCUGGUCAAGGGUGAGCAGGAGGACGGGGCCCGGUACUCAGUGACCCAGGUCACCAUAGAGGCCCGGGCCGCCGCGGGGAGCUUCUCGGCCAUCACUUACGAAAUCACCAACAACUCUGACUUCCGGAUGGACGGGGAGGCGGUGCUGACGGCUGCCCGGCUGGGGCAGGCCGGCGUCUUCUAUGCGGAGGUGCAGGCCAAGAACACGGUCACAGCGGGCACAGCGACCACAGUGGUGGAGAUCCAGGUCUCCGAGCAGGAGCCGCCCCCCACAGGCCCCCCAGGUUCCCCAACACCCCCAGAGACUGGAAGAACAACCCGGCCCUCAAGCAGCUCCACUUCGGAACCCCCCAGGCCCCCCGAGCCUUCUCAGGGACCCUCCACGACCAGCUCUGGGGGGAGCACAGGCCCGCACACCCCCUCAGGCACCUCUACUCCGGAACCCCCCAGACCUUCUCAGGGACCUUCCACGACCAGCUCUGGGGGGAGCACAGGCCUGCACUCCCCCUCGAGCACCUCUACUCUGGAACCCCCCAGGUCCCCCAAGCCUUCUCAGGGACCCUCCACGACCAGCUCUGGGGGGAGCAUGGGCCCGCAUCCCCCCUUAAGCACCUCUACUCCCGAAGCCCCCAGGCCCCCCAAAACUUCUCAGGGACCCUCCACGACCAGCUCUGGGGGGAGCAUGGGCCCGCAUCCCCCCUCAGGCACAACUCUGAAGCCAUCUGCCUUGUCCACCACGCCUGGGGGGCCCUCGAGUGUGGGAACCAGCACUUCCCCCUCAUCAGCCUCAUCUAGUGGGGGCUCACAACAGACCUCAAAGCCAGGCUCGACUGGGGCUGGAGGCACUGGGGACGGUGGCUACACGGACCAGCGCUUCUCGGCGGUGGAGAUGGGGGUCCUGGGCGGGGUGCUGGGCUCCCUGCUGCUCCUGGCGCUCCUGGCCCUGGUGAUCCUCUUGCACAAACACUACGGCCCCUGGUUCCGGUGCUGCUCCAGCAAAGCCCUGGAGGCCCAGCCCUAUGGCUUCGACAACAAGGCCUUUCCCCGAUGA